GUGAGUAGUGACCAGGGUUGGAAUAAUUUAUAAUAUACCCCAUAUUUCAUUGGGGUGAGAAUCAACGAAUCGAGCAGAAUGUUUAGCUCAAAGGAUCAACACAGUGAGGCAUUGCCGCAGUAUGAACACAUCUUUCAGAAUGAGUUCUUGCAUCGAAGACACAAGAAGCAGAAGGAUGAAGAUAUUGUCAUCUGUGAAUGCAAAUAUAAUCCCAAUGAUUCUGACAGUCCAUGUGGGGAGAGGUGCUUGAAUGUUUUAACAAGCACAGAAUGCACUCCUGGGUAUUGUCGCUGUGGUGUCCAUUGCAAGAAUCAGAGGUUUCAGAGAUGUGAAUAUGCCAAAACAAAGCUGGUGAGAACCGAAGGCCGUGGGUGGGGUCUAUUAGCUGAUGAGAAUAUAAAGGCUGGACAGUUUGUUAUUGAAUACUGUGGAGAAGUAAUAUCAUGGAAAGAAGCAAAGCGAAGAUCUCAAGCUUAUGAAAAUGAAGGUCUCAAGGACGCAUUUAUCAUUUCACUCAAUUCCAAUGAAUCCAUUGAUGCCACCAGAAAAGGAAGCCUCGCCCGGUUUAUAAAUCAUUCAUGCCAACCAAACUGUGAGACAAGGAAGUGGAAUGUUUUAGGGGAAAUAAGAGUUGGAAUAUUUGCAAAGCAAGACAUAACUACUGGAACUGAACUGGCAUAUGACUAUAAUUUUGAAUGGUAUGGCGGUGCAAAGGUUCGAUGCCUUUGUGGUGCAGUUAGUUGUUCUGGAUUUCUUGGGGCAAGGUCUCGUGGGUUUCAGGAGGAUACUUAUCUGUGGGAGGAUGAUGACGAUAGGUAUUCAGUUGAAAAAAUCCCACUGUAUGAUUCUGCAGAAGACGAGCCUUCAUCCAAGCUCCUUAAAACUGUUGACGCCUCAAAUUUUGAAUACAAUAUUCCGAAAUUAAUGAAUGUUAGUUCGGGAUUGGAGCAUCAGUUGGAUUCUACAGGUCUUGUUUUUCAGUCAUUUGAUGCAGCUCCAAUGGAAGGUGUAACUACUGUGAAAACUGAAGCACCUGCAGAGAUAAAAUUGUAUUCCCAGGAUACUCAACAGGACCUGUCACAUAACAAUGCAAUGAUAUCUCGUAUCCGAAGCAAUAGUGCUUGCAGGAAUUAUCACAUAUCACGGCCCUUACCAAAGAAAAGACCACUGCACCAUACUAAUGGAAAGGCAAAACAUCUGGCACAAAAGCAAGUUGAUGCAAAAAAGUUCGCUGAACUCUUAGCGCUGAAAGAAGCUCGGGAAGAAGUUUUAAGAUAUGAGGAAACGAAGAACGAUGCCACCUCCGAGCUUGCUUCCUUGUACAAUGAAAUCCGUCCAGCCAUUGAGGAGCAUGAGAGAGACAGCCAAGACAGCGUAGCUACCAGUGUAGCUGAGAAGUGGAUUGAAGCUUGCUGUCUGAAACUGAAGGCAGAAUUUGAUCUUCACUCAUCAAUUAUCAGAAAUGUCGUAUGCACUCCUCGGAAGCCACGCCAACCGGUGAAUCCUCCCGACGGAGGAGAAGCAGGUAAUGAAAUGAAGUACCUGGAAUUGUAGACAUGGCAUGGUUAAUUUUCAAGUGCAGGAACAAUCAAUUGAAAUUGCAAUAAGAAGGGUUGGAUCGUCAUGGAAUUCUGAUUGACUGGUCAAUCAUUACAGUCCAACUUCCAUUGAAGUAGAAUAUGGUGCAAGUAUCUGACUCUAUGUUGGCAAUGCCGUGUGGGUCCCCCGCGGUGGAAUCUAACGCACUGUUUGGUUCGUCCUUUGCGGCGCGCGUUCUCAUUUGUGUCUCCAUUUUCAACCAUUCAACAGCUCUGCAUUACAAAUUUAUGGUUUUUUAAUUCUUCAUUCUUGCAUUACAAAGACAUUGUUUUUGUUAAGACGUGUAAUUUGGAUUGGCCUGUGGUGUAUAAGUAAAUGUCCAAUUUUUCACGCACAAAUAACGCGUCUUCUGGAAAUCGCUCAGGGGAACAAAUCUGUGCGGACCUGGGAACGGAAAUAUUAUUACCGUUUACAUUA